GCUGCACCGCGGGUAUACAAUUUGGUUCAUUUCUUACGGCUUAUAAGGCUAUAAAAUAGCCUUAAAAACUGUACGAUCAAUAUAUCUGCUGAUAUACGAAGAACAGAAAAGAUCGCUUACACGCUGACAAGCGUAUAACACGUGAAGAAGAAAGAGCACAAAAAUUAUCCGUGUUUUUUUUUUAGAGAGAAAAAAUGAUACACAGUUUUCAGUCUUUUCAUUUUAAGGAUAAUAUUAAUUACUUCUAUGUAAACAGAGUAACCGUAAAAGAUACAAAUCAUGUUGACUUUAUUCAUCAAUUUGUAAAAACUAGUCCCCAAAAUAAUGAUAAUUUUGGCACAUCUGUUAACUCUAAGAUAAUGGAACCAUCCUCUAUCAAAGUUACAGAGUAUACAGAUUUCAAAAAGAGAACUUACGGACCAUUGCUCGACUACUACUCUGACUGUAACUGUGAGAUUCCGAGAGAAAUUGUAGAGUUCAUACCACACAAAGAGAAUAAACAAGAACAACAACAAGAAUAUAUUAAUAUCGAAUUUUAUGAAGCCUGUUAUCCCAUUGAGAUGUCUCUGUUUGUUUGGCAUAAUUCCUUCAGCGGGAAGCACCUUAAAAUUUGGGCACAAAUAUCUGAUGAUCAAUGGUUUCUAUUAUCAAAUAAGGGAUCUUUUCAAAGUACCUCAGUAUAUUCUCAGAUUUCUUUAUGGCCGUGCGAUUUUAAAACUAAAAUGCUUAAAUUAGAACUUAGUUAUGACAGAAAUGACACAAUAAGCAGCUACACACGGCUUAUAAAAUCUGUAAUGUUUAUUGGUACAUCAGAAUUUAUCAUUCCUACAAAACCUAAACAGAGGUUACAGAGGCUAAAUAACUUUGAUUGGAACUUCUUUGAAGUCAGAAACUCUAAUGAUUAUGAUUCUAAUAAACGUGCACGUGACCCAAAUUUGGUUAUACUUCUACUUCAAGAAAAUUUUGACAAAUAUUGCAUUAUUUGUAAAAGAGAUAUAAUGGAAAGUUUUCAUAAAAGUAAGCUCGGACGCUACCAAGUAUCUCAACAGACAACCGCCGAAGUACCAUAUUUUAGGCAUUUGCAGAUAUACCGCUUUUUAAAAAGUUACUCGCAGAAGUGUGUGAAAGACGUCAAACCCUCUUUAGAUGAAUCCAAAGAGCUGUCAUCUUGUAAAACUGCAUCUCGCAAAUCUUUGUCUGCGCUUCCCGAUGAAAUAGUACUAAAAAUAUUGAAAAACUUAGAUGUGAUGUCUUUAAUCCGCCUGGGUAGAGUUAAUAAACGUUUUAAUAAUUUGUCGCGGGAUUCUUCGCUGUACAAAUGUUUGAACUUACGUGACAUACACUUCACAAAUAUGCACACAAGCCUCUGUCAGUUAUUUGAUUAUUUUGCACCCAGGUGUGAACAGUUACAACAGCUGGAUCUGGCAUAUUGCCACUUUUCUGUUUCGAAAUUUAGGGAGUUUUUAAAAACUUGCUGUAAAAGUUUAACACACUUACAAUUAAGUAACUGCAAUAUCAUUGAUUCUGUAUUAUGUGAUAUUUCAGAAAUAUGCAUAAAUUUGAAAGAUUUGGAUCUAAAUUUUUGUCGUGGCAUAACAAAUGAAGGUAUUUUACACCUUAAGAACUUAAAGUGUUUGGAACGUUUACAUCUUGACGAUAUAUCAUUAGAAGCUAAUACUUUAUGUGAAAUACUACACAAAAAUCGACAGAUGCGUGACUUAAAUUUAAGAAGGACGAAAAUUAAGGAGGAUUUAAAAAUAGAUACAAUUGCAAUAGAAUUAAAGAAUUCAUGUCAAAAUUUGGAAAGAUUAGAUGUAAAAGGAUGUAUUCUUACAUCGCAAGCUAUUGAUGCCCUUGCCGAUUGUAAGAAUCUGAAAGAAGUGUAUUUUACUUACUGCAAGAUAACCGAGUAUAGUGUUAAUGAUGAUAUUCUCAGUAAACUGUUUUCCUCCUGUCAACGCCUGGAAAUAAUUGAUUUAAGCAGAUUUAAAGAAAUCACCAAGCGUGAUUGGAUAACACUAGCGUUAUGCAAGAACUUAAAAUCCUUAUAUUUGGAAUCGCAGGAUUCCAUUACUCCUGAUAUAAUUUCCCAACUUUUAGAGAAGUGUCCUAAACUAAACGAAAUUGAUGUUAGCUCCUGCAGAAAUAUUAGUGAGAGCUUCGUUGAUCAGUGGAAUGAAACAUAUAACAAUGUAAUUGUAUAUAGAAAUCCUAAAUUUAUCCUGGGAUAAAUAAGAAAUUGCACCAAUUCUA